UCUUCCUGUUUUUGGUUGUUGCUAACUUGCUUGUUUCAUGUUAUGUCCUCUCUUGCCUCUGGCCUGGUAAUUAAAAACAAGUAAGAGAGCGGACGGUAGCAAUCACCACUUUGCUGACGGCUCAUCUCCACCCCAUCUGCUUCUCAGACUUUUUGAGCUUAAUAACCCUCGCACUCAUUUUCUCUCCGGCUGACAUGAAGAAACUGAGACAUUUUUACUUUGUUUUAAUCCUGGGGGGCGUUCUUCUGAUGUAUUAUGGCAACAGACACUGGACGGACAGAAAUGAGGCAGAAGAAUUUCACAGAGCUCCUCCACUUUCCACCUCUUUGUUCGAACCAGAACUUGGAUAUUCUGAACCACAUUUGAGAACUGUCAAUAGGACCUCCAACGAAUCAAACUACUACAACCUGAUCUGGAAUGGAUUUGGAUACUUCAAUAAGGAGACCGAUGAAGAGGAUGACCUGCUUGAGGACCCACAGCUGGAGAACAGAAAAUGUGAGUGGAAGAUCCACUCAAGCCCGAUUCCUCUGGAGCUCAAACACAGACAGUACGCCCGAAAGAAGCUCAUUCAUGACCUGUGUGACAGUAACGGCACCUUAGGCUUCAAUGGGAAAUGGCAGACAAUUGAUGACAUUCCUAGCUGGGAACUAGCAAACCUGCUUGUAGAUGACCGGCACGGAAUAAUCUAUUGCUACGUCCCAAAAGUUGCAUGCACUGAGUGGAAGCGGCUCAUGAUUGUUCUGAGUGAGAGCCUUAAGGUGAACGGUGUGCCUUACAGAGACCCGUCAGAUAUUCCCGUGGAACUAAUACAUGGAAACAGCACCCGGUACCUUAACAGGUACAACAGGACGGUGAUGAAACAGAAACUUCAACAAUACAAGAAGUUCAUGUUUGUCAGAGAGCCUUUUAUCAGACUGAUCUCAGCCUACAGAGACAAGUUUCAAAAGGAAAAUGAGCAAUAUUACCAGCAGUACGGGAUCCCUAUACUGAAGAGAAUCGGCAAAAUCCCUAAUCCACCAGCAUCUGUAAAGGAAGCACUCGCUGCUGGUAUUGCACCAUCUUUCUCCACCUUCAUUCAGUAUAUACUGAGCCUACCAGCAGACAGUUAUGAACUGCUGGAUGAGCACUGGAGACAGACGGCUCGUCUGUGCCAUCCAUGCCAGAUCCAUUAUGACUUUAUAGGGAAGAUGGAGACAAUGGAAGAAGACGCAGCUCACCUGCUGCGAAUGCUCCGCGUCGAUAAUAUCGUCCAGUUCCCAAAGAUCAAAAGUAGCACAACAGAUGAAAACUGGAUGAAGACCUGGUUUCCCACCAUCACUGCUGACUCGAGAAGGAAACUGUUCAAACUGUUUGAGACAGACUACAAAUUAUUUGGAUACCAAGUUCCUGAAUAUCUUCUACAGCCAUGAAACAUUUUCACAAACAGCAUAAUUGGGUGGAGUGUUUUAUUAACAUUACUUUCUUCAUUCAUGUAGUAGUUACUAUGCAUGAGUACAAAUACGUGAUUUUCCUUUUAGAAUGUAAAUGUAUGGCACUACAUGACUUUUUGGUUUAGGCCCAUUCUGUGUUGUUGAUAUGAAUGAUUAGUUGCUGUCUUAAACUCCAGGCUUCGUAUUCUUUUAUUUACCCUAAGACUAGGAAUUUUUCAGUAACAACUAUUGAACUAAUAAACGUACAUUACCUUAAAAUUCGGAAUCACUUUUCAAAGGUAUGGAUUCAAGGUUUUCUAUAUUUCUGUUCACGACAUAAAACCAAUAUGGAGGUAGUAGGUUUUUUACCAAAAAUAUGAGUAUAAGUGUGAAAUAUGUCUGGAGUUGAGAACCUGCCAUAACACACUGAAACCUUGCCUUUGUCAAGAGCUGUAAAAUACAUAAAAUAAAGCCCGGAACAAACUUUGGCUCCAUAGUAACAUAUAAAAGGCAUAUUUAUUGAGCCGUAUCGUUUAGUCAUUAUGAACAUGCCGUACCAGUUAUUAUAUAACAAUAGCCUCUGUUUAUGCACUCGCAAUGGGAAUGCUAAUUCUACUAGCGUGGAAAUUGGAUUCUCCUCUAUAUGAUAGCAUCAAGCUAACAACAAUGUUUUUGUCCACACCAGGACUGCAGACAAAUGAAGCUUGUAACAGACAGUCAGGUGACCUUUUUUCAUCUGUAUAAGGCGUAACAUGAUGAGCACCUCCUUGUUUCUUUGCUCAUUGUCCAUUUUAUCAGCUCCACUUACUCUUUAGGUGCCCUUUGUAGUUCUACAAUUACAGACUGUAGUGCAUCUGUUUCUCUGAUACUUUGUUAGCCCCUUUUAACCCUGUUCCUCAGUGGUCAGGACCCCCCGCACAGCAGGUACUGUUUGGAUGUAGACAUAGCAGAUACAGACAAAACCAGGCAAGGAAAUUCACGUGACUUGAAUCUAGCUGAAAUCUUGGGCUAUUCCCUAACAGACAGCGUAAUAAGGUUAUUCUUAGGGACCCCUAAAAAUGUUGAAGUUAAUUUGGUAUUAUAUUUCACAUCUCAAGAUAUAAUAACAAAGCAAUAACAAAACAAAACUGCACUUGUUUCUCACUUGUAUAUAUAUUACAGUGGGCUAAAUGUACUAACUUUCUGACUUUCACCGGAUCUUUUUGGUUCUGAAUUUCCACUUCAUGUAUGACUUUGCCAAAAAUCCCCAAACAUACAUUUACAGUGGUGUGCAUAAGUUUGGGCACCCCUGGUUUUUGUUGAGUGAAAAUAAGUUUACACGCCCUCUGCAGAGUACAAAUGACUGCACACUGUAAUGCACGAUUACUGUUUAUUUGCUAAAUGUAACAUAUUGGUGUAAAAAAAUAAAGCAAAACAAAGGCUUGUACAAAA